UAGACUCUUGGGAAAACAAAACUCACUAUUUCUCUCGGGGGCAUACAUUAAGUGUAUAAUAUUUGCUUUGCAGAAUAAUAUUUAUUCGGCUGUUUUGUUCGCUUAUGAAAUCAUAUUUAGCAAUCUCUGAUUGUCAGAUUUCACAAGAUCCGUUCUGCACCUUAUAUGGGACUAAGGAUCAGCUGACAUGAAGGGUGGAGUUUAGUUCUUUUUCGCCACACCUAUAGCUUUUGCAUAAAAUACCAGCAUCUAAGUCUACCCAGUCAGUUCAUCGAGUUGGUUUCUAUCGAAGUAAGGUAACAGAUAAAUCGACUGAAGACAAAACAAUGUUAAGAAUUGCUCUGGUCGUGAUCCUACUGCAACUUCUUUUGCAAACUGAUGGUGCAGAAGCACUUUGCUGUGAUGAUAUCAGAUCUGACAUCGAAAAUCGUACCCUCGCUUACAACAUAUUGUGUUCCAAAGGCGAGGAACACCUUGGUAAUUGUUGUCGGGUAAUAGAACAAGAUCUUCGCAAGCGUAAGCUGGCUUAUCAAACGUUGUGUCCAAAACCUGCUAUAUUCAAAAGCUGUGCUGAACACUAUAAUUCUGGGAUAGGGAAAGAUGGUGUUUAUACCAUCGAUCCUGAUGGCCUGGGUUCGUUCCAAGUCAGUUGUGACAUGAGCAAAGACGGGGGUGGCUGGACCGUGUUCCAAAGAAGACAAGAUGGAAGUCAAGAUUUCUACCUUGGAUGGUCAGACUAUAAAGCAGGCUUUGGUGAUCUUAACGGCGAGUUCUGGUUGGGCCUUGACAAAAUACAUCGUUUAACCAAAUCUGGGCAAAAUGUUUUAAGAGUUGAUUUGAUGGAUUUCAAUGGCGCCGAGGCUUACGCUAAAUAUGGAAACUUUAGUGUGGCUGAUGAAUCAGACAAAUACAGAUUGAAUAUUGGCAGUUUCUCAGGUACCGCAGGUGAUUCUCUUGCUAAUCACAAUCAAAUGCAGUUCACUACCAAGGAUAGUGACAACGAUGUUUGGGGUCAUAAUUGUGCUACGAGCUACAAAGGUGGUUGGUGGUACAACAGCUGUCUUGAUUCCAAACUCAAUGGCCUGUACCUGGGUGCAGGUCAGACUAGUACCAACGGAAUAAACUGGUACUCUUGGAAAAAUUCGUGGUAUUCAAUGAAAAAGUCGGAGAUGAAAAUUCGACCAAACCAGAUUUAAAAUAUUCCUGCACAAGUGCUAGAAUUCAACAAUAUACACUUAGUGCAUAUGGUUCCGUAUAAUUACUUUUUGACCAGAUUAAAGCUCAAUCAUUGUUAUUAAAGCUCAAU